AUGACCCGACUCGACAGGAGAUGCGACGGUGCCAAUGAAAGUGAAACGGAGGCUAACGUCGACGACCGCAGACACGACGAGAGCCCUGUAUCGGUCCUGUGUCCGGGGUGCUGGCACACGGCUCGCUCAAGCGGUUGUCCGUGGCUGCUGUGCUGCAGGCACGAUAACGAGGUGGCCAGCGGCCAGCGACCAACGGCCAGCGACCAGCGGCCAGCGACCAGCGGCCAGGCCCUCCCAGGCUUCCAGCUGCACACACCGCAAGUCCGUUUCGUGGCGACCCUGUCUCAGACAGCAUCCGAUCCCAAGAGCAAGAUGGCGCCUGCCAGCCAUUUCCGCGAAAUCCAGAGCUUCGAGACGAGCUAUGCACCUACCAAGAUCACCCAGUAUGUCUCGCAGCGCAGCGGGAUGCACGUCGUCGUGGCCAACCGCAAGGGGCCCAAGAUCAACGGCUACUUCACCCUGGCCACCGAGAUCUUUGACGACUCGGGCGCGCCGCACACGCUGGAGCACCUCGUCUUCAUGGGCUCGCGCAGCUACCAGUACAAGGGCCUGCUGGACAAGCUGGCCUCGCGGGCCUACUCGGGCACCAACGCCUGGACGGCCGUCGACCACACCGCCUACACGCUCGAGACGGCCGGCUGGGAUGGCUUCGCCCAGAUCCUGCCCGUGUACCUGGAGCACCUGAUCCUGCCGACCAUCACGGAUGACGCCUGCAUCACCGAGGUUCACCACAUCAACGGCAAGGGCAACGAUGCCGGUGUGGUCUACUCGGAGAUGCAGGGGCUGCAGUCGAGCAGCGCCGAGCUGAUGGACAUCCGCGCCCGCCGCCUGCUCUACCCCGAGACCGUCGGGUUCCGCUACGAGACCGGCGGCAUGGUCGAGGCGCUGCGCGUUCUCACGGCGGACCGCAUCCGUCAGUUCCACAAGGCCAUGUACCAGCCGCGCAAUCUGGCCGUCAUCGUUGUCGGCGAGGUCGACCAGGCGGCCCUGAUCAGCAUCCUGGAUCGGUUCGAGGACAGCAUCCAGGACAGCAUCCCGCCGCUGGACUCGCCCUUCCAACGGCCGUGGAUCGACUCGGCGCAGCCGCCGGCGCUCGAGAAGACGGUCGUCGACACGGUCGAGUUCCCGGAGGACGACGAGUCCAUGGGCGAGGUCAUGGUCGGCUACUUUGGACCCAACUGCAACGACGUGGUGGCGACAUCGGCGCUAAACGUGCUGCUGGCAUACCUCUGCGGCUCGUCCGCGUCGGUGCUGGAGAACGUGAUUGUGGAGAAGGAGGAGCUGGCCAGCUCGAUCAGCUAUUUGUGGGAGUCGCGGCCGAACUGCCUGAUCUGGUUCCAGCCAACGGGCGUGGCGACGGAGAAGCUCGAGUUUGUGGAGCAGCGCCUGAUCUCGCUGCUCAAGGAGGUGGCCGACAAGCCGCUCGACGUGCCGUACCUGCGCGAGUGCAUCAGCCGGGAGAGGCGACAGGUCAACUCGCAGGCCGAGAGCUCCGAGAGCUUCUACUCGACCAACAUCAUCACGGACUUUCUCUUUGGCGAGCGCGACGGCUCGACGCUGGCCGACCUGAAGGACUUGCGCGAGUACGACGUGCUCGAGAGCUGGAGCGAGGAGCAGUGGCGGGCGUUCCUGAAGAAGUGGAUCGCAGACGCCCACCACGUGUCGAUCUUGGGCAAGCCGUCCAAGGCGCUGGCGAAGAAGCUCAAGACAGCCGAGAAGGAGCGGCUGGCGAAGAGACGCAAGGAGCUGGGUCCUGAGGGCCUGAAGAAGCUGGAGGAACGGUUGGACGAGGCAAAGAAGAACAAUGACAUGCCGAUCCCAGAAGCGGUGAUCGACAAGUGGGAGGUGCCAGGGACGGAGUCGAUUCACUUCAUCGAGUCGCAGACAGCACGCGCCGGCAAGGCGAGAAGCCUCGGCGUGCUGGACAACGCGGCACAGAAGACGAUCGACGCGGCGGUGCCAGGCAAGACGCCACUGUUCCUGCAGUUCGAGGACGUGCCAUCCAACUUUGUGCGGAUCGUGGUGCACGUCAGCGCGGCCGGAGUGCCGACACGGCUGAAGCCGCUGCUCUCGCUGCUCAGCGACCAGUUCUUCAACAGCCCGGUGAUGCGGGACGGGCAGCGAAUCGAGUUUGAGGACGUGGUCAAGGAGCUGGAAAAGGACACGAUCAGCUACGUGUUCAAAUCGGGCGGGGGGCUGGGCGACGCCGAGAGCAUUGUGCUGCAAUUCCAGGUGGAGCCGCACAAGUACACCGCGAUCAUCCGGUGGCUGCGGACGCUGAUGUUCGACUCCGUCUUUGAUCCACAGCGACUGAGGGCAGGCGUGGCCAAGGCGCUGGCAGACAUCCCAGAGAACAAGCGGUCCGGUCGGCUGAUGGCGUCGGAGGUAGAGCUGGCGAUCCACACGGUGGCAGACUCGUGUCCGGCAGCGAAGCGGACGCUGGUGCGGGCAGUGUACCUGCGCCGGAUCAAGAAGCUGCUACAGACGGAGCCGGAGACGGUAGUGGGCUGGUUUGAGGAGCUGCGACGGGCGCUGUUUGCGUUCCGGAACAUGCGGGUGCUCGUGACGGCAGACGUGGGCAAGCUGGAGGCGGGAGCAUCGGCGCCGGCCGUGGCCGCCUGGGAUGUGCUGACAGACGGGAUGGAGGUUUUGGCGGACGAGAUGGUGCCGAUCGUGGCACCGUACUCGCGAGCGAGCGCGGAGGGCCGACAGCCGGGCGGCGUGGGGGCCUUGAUCCUGCCGAUGACGACGCUGGACUCAUCGUACAGCAUCUCGACGACGACGGGACUGCGGUCGUUUGCGGACGCGCGACUGCCGGCCGUCCUGGUGGCUCUGGGCUACCUGGAAGCAGUAGAGGGGCCGCUCUGGAACGCGGUGCGCGGCAACGGGCUGGCCUACGGCACGAGCUUCAGCCGGGAAGUCGACGGCGGGUAUCUGCAGUUCCGCGUGUACCGGUCGCCGGACGCGAGCAAGGCGGUGGCGGCAGCACGCGAUGCCGUCGAGGCGCUGGCUGACGGCCGCCAGCCGCUGGACAAGCACCUGGUGCAGGGAGCCGUCAGCGGCAUCGUCAUGGGCCUCGCGGACGAGCAGGCGACCAUGGGCCUGGCCGCUCAGCAAAACUACGUGACGGGCGUCGUGCGCGGCCUGGACGCCGGCUGGAGCGCCCGGGUCAUGCGGGCGGCUGCCCGCGACGUCACCCACGACAUGAUCCGCGAGGUGCUGCGCGAUCUCGUCCUGCCUGUCUUCCGGCCGGGCUCCAGCAAUGUGGUGGUGACGUGUGCGCCCUUGUUGCAAGAGCCUAUUCAAAACGCGUUCAAGGACAUGGGCUACAAGACCGAGGUCAAGAAGCUGUCGGACUUUUACGACGACUACGGCUUGGCCGGCGACGACGACGACAAGGAGGACGAGGAUGAGGACGAUGAGGAAGACGAGGAAGAAGAUGAGGACGGUGAGGAAGACGACGACGAUGACGACGACGACGACGACGACGACGACGACAGCGACGACGUGGACAUGACCGACGAAGAUCUCUAG